AUGACGAUAGUGGUUAGGGAGGGUGGGGAUGGUGGUGGUGGUGUGGUGGUGGUGGGAUGAUCUGCGUGUCAUUCUAUGAUGGCUGGUGGACAACACGUGACCCUGUAUCAGUAGGUAGGAGGGGGGUGGGCGUGGGGGUGGUGGGUCCUGUAUUUGAUAACCAACUAGGAUAUGUUCGGGAAGGUAUGGUAGUGGUGUGGUGUCGGUGGUGUGUUGGUGAUGGGUGUGCUUAGGACUAAUUGGGUACAUGGUAUUAGGUGCGUCUGGUGGUGUGGUUGCUGGUUGCACGGCAGGGUGUGGUUAUUCCCUGGGGACCAGUUGAAAUAUGCACUCCCUGUAAGUGGCCUGGGUAAGCUCUCAAGAUAAAUUAAAAACAUUAUGAAUGUAUGUUUUUGUCCGUUGACAGGGGUUGUCUGGUAGCCUCCCCCUUGGCCGCCUUGUCGUAUGUUCUCAGCCUAGCGACGCUACAUCUCCGCCUAUCGCCUCGACACCCCGUCACCUCAGGCACACACCUCGGGUAGUUCAGGAACAGUCCUCAGAGUUUCGAAUCUGUUUCUAGGUCUCAGAGUUCUAGGUGUCAGAUUCUAGGUGUCAGGGUUCUAGGUCUCAGAGUUCUAGGUGUCAGGGUUCUAGGUCUCAGAGUUCUAGGUGUCAGGGUUCUAGGUCUCAAAGUUCUAGGUCUCAGAUUUCUAGGUCUCAGAGUUUUAGGUUUCAGAAUUUUAGGUCUCAGAGUUCUAGGUUUCAGAGUUUUAGGUCUCAGAGUUUUAGGUCUCAGAGUUCUAGGUCUCAGAGUUCUAUGUGUCAGGGUUCUAGUUCUCAGAGUUUCUAGUCUCUGCUCUGUGUCCUCCUAGGUUUCUGUUUCCUCCAUGGGUUCUAGUGGAGCAGGAUCUCUACUGCAGGUCCCGGGGGCUUUACCAUCGGGAAGCCGCGCGUCCCUCAGCUCCAGGGGAUCCAGCUGCAGACCCACGGUCAGGCUCAGCCCCUCCCACAGCGUGGACAGACACUCCCUCUCCAUGGGAAGACACACCCCCAGGAGGCCCAGCGAUGUUGAGGGCAGACGAGCGUCGUUUAUCAGUAGUUCUUACUACACCCACAGCAUGGACACACAUAGUCACAGACUCAGCCCGGCUCCAGGAGCAUGGGACAACACAUAG